CUCGGAUUUUGUAUGGCACUCGAAAAUGAAAGUGGUAACGUGGGCCUAGUGGUGGUUUGUCAACAAAAAGCCUCACUCACAAGCGAAGGAAAUAAGGUUAAAUGAAAAACACUACGCGACGCGAUGCGCCAACUCUUAUUUCCAUAUUUUAUUACAAUUUCACGAAAUGAUAUACUUAUUAACUCUCCUUAAAGAAGGUUCGUCGGAUGGUCUUGGAAAGUCUAUAGAUGGGUCAAACGACACGCCAAUGAGCCUUCGCCGACUUUCUGGAGUUUGCUUGUAAAAUUUGACAUAGCCCGUAACGAGAGCGUAAAGGGUGUGAUCACGUCCAAGACCAACAUUUGCACCAGGAUGAUAUUUUGUGCCACGCUGUCGCACGAUAAUCUGAUUUGCUCUCACGAACUGGUCUAUUUUUGUUAGUAUGCAUCCCUCGAGUUUGAAUCGUGCUUGACAACGAAUUUUGUGUUUGAAUGUGCAUCGGAAAUAGUUUAAGUUCUCACGGAGCACAUGUUUGUUAACCUACUAUGUACGAGUUUCACACCGAGCCUUCUUCCGGCUGAGUUUCGGUUAUUCUGUGUAGAACCACCUCCACGUUUUGCUGAUUGCAGGACCGCCGUAGUAGCCAGUGUUCUCGAGAGAGUAACUGUGUUAAGGAGGUUUCCGCUGUUCCAGAAAAAACACCUGCCAGAGAGCGAGGUAACUUUGUACAGCAUCACUCAAUAAAACACGAUGGUAUGUGUGCUGUGAAUAAGGCUAAGAAGACUUAAGAGACCAGUUAAAGUUAUCUUAUCUUUUCGCUUAGAUAUAAAAACAACACCUUAAAAGCUUACGAUCGGCACCACGCACAACCACCAAAUCAACAAAUAGAGAGAUAGAACAAACAAGAAAAGCGGAGUAUUAUUUACAAGGGGAGCUGCUACAAACGUGGCAAAUUCUGUUAGUCCGUAUGUUUUCUGAGAGUGCCGCCCUCGAUUCCGCCACGUUUCAAUAUCAUUCGCUACCAGCCUCCUCUAUGCCCUUCAACUCAACAUCCACACCAGGAACGCGAUGUUGCCCUGCCGCCAAUUUUGUUGACGCACAUUGCAAAAGUGAAUGUACAGUUUUAAUCCAUACAUUUUUCCAAACUAUAGUCAUGUAUAAUGUCUUUCUGAUUUUCGCGUAACCUAGUUUCAUUUUGCCAAUGUCAGCUUUUUCCUACACCUGUCAUGCUGUAGAACGUGGCAGGAACCUAUUCCUAUGAAACCAGGGAAACCGAAACGGAAAACAAAUACUGCAGAUCUUUUACGUAUAGAUGCACUCAAGCUGAAUUGCACUGAUGAAGAAUCACAGCAGAUUCCGGAGAAACGGCCGUUUGGUCUCAAGCAUGUUCCCUGUAUCAAGCUUUCAGAAAAAGAAUUGGCUGAUCCCUUCAAGGUUAUAACGAGUCAUUGGGCAGACAUAUGCAAAUAUGGAGCUAUCAAGGUAGUUCCUCCCUCAAAUUGGCGAAUUCCUGUCACUUUAGAUGCUGACGAGUUUCGUUUCCGCGCGAAACGGGAAUUCGUUCAGAGCGAAAACUUCAACCUGUCAGAGAAUGCGCAAUACUAUCAAUCUCUGAAAACGUUCCACGAAAAUAACGGACUUUUCUUCUAUCAUCCGCCUGUAAUUCAUGAGACGCCCGUUGACUUUUUGCAAUUAAGAAAUGCAAUUGGCCAUUUUGCUACCAAUGGUGCUAAUAUUAAUAUUACGGUGGUUACAAAGGUUCUACGUGAACUGUGUCUUGAAGAUAAUUCAGAAACCCGGCAACUUAUUUCUCGUACAUACGAUCGCUACAUAAAACCUUAUGAGCGAAGCCUCACUGCAAGACACUCACGCAGCAGAGAUUCGAAAGUUACACGGCUCGGUGGUUCCAUGAGCAAUUCCUCGAGCGAGAAGAGUGAUGUUAAAAUUGAGGACGAGACUGAAAUGUCGCCUUUGUUUCAGCACGGCGAGCAGUGUGAGAAUUGUCGGCUUGAGGAACGCCCGGAGGAAAUGCUUUUGUGUGAUGGUUGUGAGGCCGCAUACCACAUUUAUUGUUUGGACCCCCCUCUCAGUUCAAUACCAGAGGACGAUUGGUAUUGCCCCAUUUGCAAAUACCAUCUUCAAAAUUACGAUCCCGUAAACGGUCACUUGUGGACUCUUCGUUCCAUGUAUGAUGCUUCAGGCCCGAUAAAAGAGAGUCUUCUAAAUUAUACUGGUCCUAUUACGGAUGAUGCUCUUGAACUUAAGUUCUGGGAACUCCUUAGACAAUCGGGUUCAGGACAAAGUUCUACUCACACAGAGGGACUUAUCGAUGUUGAAUCCGUGUCUCUGCGAAGCUCCCUGCCUACUAAGGAGCUGUUUCCUCUUGAAGAAACUGUCUCCCAUCCAUGGAAUCUUCAUUCUAUCCCUUUUCAUCCUGAUAGUCUCUUCUGCUACACCGGUUGUGACACGCGUUUCCUUGCAAACACUCGGAUGCUGCUUGGUUUACCCUUGCAUUUUCAAAACUGGUCUAAGAAUUUAUACAAUACUUGUGAUAUUAAGCACCAUCGUUUCGGUGAUACCGUUAUCUGGUACAUUGUCUCGCCCAAAGACGAGCAAAAAUUUGCCCAACUUGCAUCCUCACACAUUGAAGGACUGUCUAACGUUUCUAUUGCUUUACAUCUGGAGGAGCUAUCAAAGCACGACAUUACUGUACACGUACUUGAACUUCGGGCGAAUGAAUUUAUGAUCUCUGCACCUAAUGCGUUUUAUUUUGGUCUUCAAUUAGGGUUUAGCCUUGUUGAGUCUGUUUAUGUCGGCACUUUCCACUGGCUUCGUUUUGGUUAUUUAAAAGAAUGCUUACAGCAGAUGAGGUUGGCAAAACUCGAUGCCCAAUUAUCAUAUGAACAACUUUUGUUCAAUCUGGUUGCGUUAAAAGUGUCCAAUUUUUGUGAGAAGUGGGCUGCACCAUUGCUCGAGGACGUAAUGCAAAAAGAACAGUCUUUAGAAAACGAGUUUUAUAAGCUCUACCCGGGCGCUCGGACAUAUGCAGCAACAAAGAAUGCGAUUUCGGGAACGCACUGUGUUUCUUGUGGCGUAAUUCUCUUUCGUUGCCGUGUACGUUGUGCAUGUUCUGAUGAAGACUACUGUCUUGAGGAUGCAAUUAAGAAGACCUGUUCUUGUGGUUCCACCGAUGUUGUUCUUUACAAAUCUAUUGAACUCACUCAACUUCAAAAAUGUGUAAGUGAUUUCCAGCUCCUCCCACGCAUUCCAGAGAAUUGGAUCAAUUCGUUAAAAGAUAUUCUCUCGAAUUCAGCAAAGCCGGACCUUAAUGCGUUGCAAAAGCUAUUAGACGAUGCGGAGAAGAAUAGACUAAAUUUGCCAGAGAUUACAAAUCUAAAACUUUUUGUGAAACAAGCAAACAGCUGGAUCUCUUCAGCUUGUCACUGCUUGCACAUAAGUUCGAGCAGGAAAAAGCGUACAAAGAAAAGUCCACUUACAAUUAAAUCCGAUACAAGUGGAAUGUCUUCGUCUAAUGAUUUGAAUGAAUUUUUCAAAUUAAUAGAAGGAAGUGAAACGCUUCGGUUUUCUUGUAACGUUAUCAACGAUUUGAAGAAGAAAGCUUUGUCCUUGGUUACUUUCCGAAUGAAGCUUGUUGAAGCAAUUAAUUCACCCAUAACAAAAGAAAUCUGCCAAAAGUUAAUUGAAGAGGGGGAUAACUUAGGUUUCCAAUUCCCGGAGAUUGUCGUUAUUCAUCGUUAUCUUAAUCAGCUUGAAUGGUUGGAAAUGUUUUACUCACUGAAAACGGAAUCCUCAACUCAAUUUGAUUUGGAAAAACUGAUAUCUAUGGGUAAUAAUGCCGGAAUUCCUGAGAAUAGUGACUACAUGGUAUUUGUGAAAGCUAUGAAGGGUAAGGCAGAAAUCUGGGAAAAUCAAGUACGAAAGGUUCUUUCACAAAGCAACGUUUCGUACGAAAAGCUCUCUGUAAUGCACGAUGAAGCGCUUACGCUUUGUGUGGACAAAAGCUUGUUAAGUGCUGUUCAAAAAAUGCUUUGUGAUGCCAAUGAUAUAAAAAGAAGGAUAAACUGUCUUUAUGAACAAACGAAAAAUGAAGAAUUUAGUCACAGACCCACAGCGGACGAAGUUAAACGAACUUUACUUGAGGCUGAACGGUUACCCGUUGUUUCUGAGAAUGUGACCGCCCUACAAAAGAUGUACGAUCAAGUCAUUGAAUGGAUUCGCCGUGGAAAGCGUUUAUUCGGAAAGGCUAAUGCUCCGCUGGAGAUUUUGGGACAGCAUCUGGAAUAUGUCAGGAAACGUAAUACUUCCUGCUUCUCGUUAAUUGAUCAGCCAGGUCUUCCCAUCGAACCUUCAUCGCCUGAAAAUGCAGUUUCUGGUAGCGUCAAUAUUACUGCUGCGAAGAAACGUCAUGGAGGAUAUUUCUGCUUCUGUCGUCUUCCCGAAAAUGGAGUAAUGAUAGAAUGCGAGGUCUGUCGUGAAUGGUACCAUGCAAAAUGUCUAAAAAUCUCCAAGAAAAAAAUGCGUCCUGAUGAAAAGUUUACAUGCCCUAUAUGUGAUUAUCGUGUUGAGAUACCACGCCUUUCAAAUAGACCUCGUUUGGAAGAGCUUGAGUCUUUGUGCCGCGAUGUUGAGCGUUUGCCUAUUCAACCCCGGGAGACUGCAGUUUUACGGAGUGUUGUUGGUACCGCUGUACGAUUUCGAAAUGAACUAUACGCCUUAGCGCAUAACCCCUUCGGGCUAACAAUGGCGGAGGUUCCUAUUGCUCGCUUUUUUUUGCGAAAAAUGGAAGGUGCUGAAAUACUUCUAGCUGAUGAAACCAAUUUAUUCCGACAGAAGCUUCACAACUGUGUGCCAAUUGCCCCUAAUCCUCCGCCCGUAAUAGGAGAAUCAAAAUCUACUAGAAAACCAAGACCAACAAAACGGCAACGGGAAAUUAUGCGACAAAUUGCGGAAGGAUUACUGCCACCUAGCGCCAUGUCAUCUCGUAAUUCUCAUGCCAACAAGCGUGCAAAAACUGAACAGCAUCCUCCAUCGGCUAGUCCAAGUUCCGUAAAUACUCCUGUCCCCGGUACCACAGUUAGUACUACAAAGACGGUGAAGGAGGAUUGGACCUCUUCUCUGCCAGGAAAAGAUUUGGAAGCAUCAAAAUCAGAUUGCAUAUGCAAUCAACCAUUUGAAAUUGGCGAUUUGCUAGUUUCAUGUGUCGGCUGCGAGCGUCAUUAUCAUUGUGAUUGUGUUGGUUUAAGUGCAAGCAUAGUUGACAGUAUGCGCAGUUUUGUUUGUCCUUCUUGUAUGAAAGGAAUGGGUGACGCCUAUCCUUGGCAGUUGAGACCUCGAGUUGCUGUUAAUACGGGUGAAGAGACGAAGAAAACUACUAAGCCGAGUGGUCCAAAAAAAACUGUUCAGUUGCUGCAUCUUAAAGAGAAGUCCACAAAAAUCCUAUCACCAAGAAUAAUCGGUGCGCUGGACGCGCCGUCUGUUCAUAAGUUGUCAUGCGGUGAGCAUGCCACUUUGGACAUCGGAACUAUGGUAUGUGGCAGCCUUUCUUCACCAAAAACUAACUUCGUCUUUGAAGAACUUGCUGAGAAGAACGAAGUUUUGGCUGAGCAGUUCUUAAACGUGUAAUUAAUAUGGAUGAUUACGUACUUAUUUAUCUUUUUGGGUUUUAAAUCAUUCUUUUUAGCUGAAUAAUAUAUCACACUUCGUAUAAAUAUAUAAUAAUAAU